CCCUCGUCCCUGAUUGGACAAAGGACUGGGUUUCCACCAGAGGAGUGAGGGACACUGAAGGGAGAAGGAGCUUGGUGUGCGGCACUGUCAGGAAUCUACGAGGGACCAAAUCCAACAUUUCUACAGACUCCGGAACUGAGGCGACGUUGGAUAAGAAACUACUCAGAAAAGGUGUCACAGAGGUCAAAUAUUGAGUUGCACAAUGCCUCAUGAUGUCUUCUCACCACGGCGGAUCCUGCUGCUGCUGCUUUCUGUGCUCGGGGCGUCCAACGCCUGCCUGCAGGACCCCGCGUCCGCCUACAGACUGACUGGAGCCGUAUGUCGCCUCACCUACCCUGCAGCCGUUGUGUUGAAUGAGAAAACUACUAAAGUGAUCGAGGCCGCGUUCCAACAUGCCAGAUAUCCAGGUGUGAAAGGAGAGAAGUCUCUGCUCUUCAUCGGCAAAGUCACGUACGGCCUGGACAAUUUGGAGAUUCACAACUUGUCAAUCGGUCAGAGUGCCGUUGAGCUGCUUCCUGGGGAGGGCAUCGCGCUGGACAUCAGCAACGUGUCUGCAGUCUUCAGAGGGAACCUCCAGUAUGGAUACGGCAGCCGGCUUGUCAACGUUGCACAUUCAAUUGACUUUGAAAUUGAAUCCCAGAUUGACCUUGGAAUCAAGCCCAAACUUUACUGCGGAGAAGGGAAGGUAGCGGCGGACACAACGGACUGUUAUCUUAAUUUCCACAAGCUCCAUCUGCAUCUGCAGGGUAACAAAGAACCAAACUGGCUGAGGAAGCUCUUUACCGACUUCAUCACCUUUACCGUCAAACUGGCCAUAAAGGGGCAGAUUUGCAAGGAGAUCAACAAGGUGGCAAACAUACUGGCUGACUUCAUACAGGACCAAGCAGAUCAGUUCCUCAGUUAUGGAGACAUCGGCGUGGACGUUGGCAUAACUGCUGCGCCUGUCAUCAAUGCCAACUACAUAGAAUCCUACCACAAGGGGCUGACCAAGUACAACAACACCGCCGCGGUCAUCCAUGACUCUGUUUUCCACCCCAGUCAUCUGACUGAAGACAAGAUGCUCUACUUUUGGAUCUCAGACCAGAUGUUUAACCCCAUGGUUACUGCUGCACACCAAGAUGGCCUUUUUCAACUCAACAUCUCAGGAGCAGAACUGACUGAACUUUUCAAGACAAAUCUCUCCAGUGCAAUGCCUGAAUUUAUUAGAGAGUGUCUGCUGGAACCAGGUUCUCCACAGCUAAGAGUGUGGAGCUCAUCCGUUCCCUACGUAAACACCUCCACCAGCGUUGGGACGGCUGUGUGGGGAACGGCCUCCGGGCAGCUUCACUGUGGGACUCAGGGACAAAUACUCUUUUUCAAAACGCAUGUGUCCAUUGACAUCAAGGCUUCCUACGCUGACAAGAAACUCUCUCUGCAGGGAAUCCCGUCCGGGAUCUUUAUAUCUGAAGCUGAGCUGUCCAGACAAAAUCAAUCGCUGCUGGAUGUAGAGUUUCUAAGAGAAGCUGUGGAGAAGAUCGGCAUCCCCAAGGUCCUGUCUGCUCUGGAGAUAGAGAUAACCAGGCUGCUGGACAAACAGGGAACAAACCUAUUUGACAUCUUCAACCCAGAAGUACUUCCCCGGGAUGGCUUUGUGGUGAUUCAGAUGGAUUUUGGUUUCCCUCAUCACCUCCUGACUGAGUUCCUAAGGAAGACUCUACAGUAGCUUUGCAACCCUUCAGCUAUUUGGAUCUGGAUUUGUUUUCAGUGACUUGUCUAAAAGUUUUAUUCAUAUAAAAAAAGUGAUAAUCGACAUUAAACAAGACAAAGCCUACUUUUGGUGCACUGUGCAUUAUAAUUUGGACAAUUUUGGGGUACAAGGCUUUCUUUUGUUUUAAAAUCGAUUUCACAAAGACCAUGACCAUAAUGAGUGAAUGACGUUAAAUCUGGGAGAGGGUAAUACAUUCCGAGGGGUUUAUUUUGAUUAGCAUGUGCAGUUGGAAUGAUCUAGUUUAUUUUCUGUCUGUAACAAUAUUCUGUGUGUAACAAUACAUUAAUACAAUAUAUGACAUUACCAGA